UUGAGCACGUGUGAAGCUGUGCAUGCCGGGACAGGAGGGCCCCAGUCGCAGGAAGCUUUGCAAUCUUAGAAUUCAAUCAAUCGUUGAAUAUGGUUAGUGGGUAGAGUUGAUCGAUUUUCAGAAACAUCGUUCUCUCCCUUAUUUAUUUUCCCCGAUGAAUGGUGGGAGAUUGUGUUUGUUUAAUGAAAACGUUUCUGCUGUAGUACGAAGAUUUCAUUUGUAAAUUGAAAAGGCGACUGAUACUGGCAAAAUUACAACGCGAACUCUCCUGUGUCAUGCAAUCGAGUGAAGUUGCUUGUACGUCGCGAAAUGAAUUUCAAUAUUCGAAGGCCAGUGAAGCUAUGGCCUGCGAACCUGUGAUACAAAAUGUUUGGAGUACAAACCACUGCGAGGAUAAAUCGGAGCCUUCGAGCGUUCAAAACAAUGCGAGCGAUGGAGAGGCGAAUUUCUCGUUUACUUAUGAGAGACCGACAAUGUUAAGUUCUAGUGGCUCGCGACUCGCAAAUACCGACGGUGGCAAAAUAUCUUACAUUCAUAUUGCUCCCAAACUUGACGGAAGAAGGCUAUCUUACUCGGGUUCUAUGUCGGAAAACACCGAAAGUUCUCCCUCCAAUUCGCCCGAAAGCUCGGGCGUUACGAGCAGUCAAAUUUACGGAGAUAGUUCAAGCCCAAACAAGAAUGAAGUGAAAAACGAAGUUUAUGUUCCCUCCGGUAAGAACAUCAUCAACGAUAGUCCGUGGCCUCCGGAUUUUGAGCCCACAGUGAAAGAAAUGCGGCGUAAACUGUACGAAUUUGGUAACAAGAGAGAAGGGGUGGACGAACCGCCACGCGAGGAAAUGAGAAAAUUACGUCAGUAUUAUGCAGUAAAGUUUCGCAGCUGGUUGAAAGAUGGGAAUCGCGAUAUGAGUCAAUUGUUAUGUCAUUAUUACGCUGUUGCUAAGAUGAGUAAUCGUUGUUGGGAGAGAGCCGUCUCCAUUAUGGAAAAAUAUCGACUUGGUUUGUUGAAAGAUAUGAGUAAAGGAUUACCAGUAAAGCAGAGCAUAUUUCAAUUUGUCGAUCGUGGUAACGAGGAUUACACCUAUGACAUCAUGUGUAAAGUUGAACGGGGGGAGGUGAGUCUACAGGAAGCGAAACAAAAAUAUCGAAUGAUUCUUGAUAAACGAAAGGCCAAGAUAAACACGGCAAAACGAUUGUCGACAAUCGAAGCUAUGAAUACGGACCAAGACUUAGACACUUCACGACGAUCAUCGAUGGAUUACGAACAGCGGCCGAGGUCUGUCGUCAACGGAAGUUAUCACAUGGAACAAAACGGUCGGGGGGGAGAUGAGUAUGUGGAUCACCGGCCUUUAGAUCCCGGGAAUAUUGAUCAUUUCUCUCAGUCGCCCAAGCAACCAGUUAUAAAACAGGAAAAUCGUGACGAUUCUGACGUCAUGAAGUGCUCGGAGAUCCGAACUGUGAACGGAGUUGUGAAACAAUAUAAUGGCUUGAAGUAUCCAGAAUAUGAAAGAAAUAAGAUGGGUGAUCGUGAAUACGAGAUGGACAAACUGAAGCGUCGAUUACGUGAUGUUGAAGAUGAACGUGAUGGUAUGGAGAAGAAAUGGCUUGAUCAGGUCCAGAAUCAGACAAAAGAAAAAUAUCUUAUAGCUGAUCUUCAGAAGGAAGUACUGCUUUGGAAAGGGAAGUUUAAGAAUCUACUGGACCGUAUACAGAGUCUGGAGUGUGAUGCAAGACGCGAUUUCGAUUACUCUUGUCGACGAAGCUCUCUCGGUGAUAUCCCUAACGAGUUCAUUAGUCCCACCGAGCGUUCGCCACGCGACAACCGCCAAAUCAUCGAUGCUCCAUCUCGUAUUGUUCGCGUCCCAGUCACAUGUAGCGUGCCUGUUGUUGCACGUGAACGCGGCAUCCCGCCACAAUUGUACCGUCCCGAUUCCACAAUUAUCUACGGUUAUCCCUCUCACGCUGUCCGUCACCCGGCUCUAAUGCCUAACGGAAUCCCCUCUCAGAUCUCCCCAGAUUAUUAUGAACCGCGACGUGAGGUUGCCAUGGGGAGGAGCUCGACCGAGGAAUCACGUGAGCAUUUCUCCAUGGCAACGUCAGACGAAGCUGAUGAUAAGGAAAUAGAAGUCGAUGUUGAGGGCAAACAUGAGAAGCAUGUUGACGAUCAUGAGGAAAGCGUCAUGAGUAAAAGGUUAGUAAUGCCUGGUGUCAGCACCAAAGCAAAAAUUGUUGUGCGCAAGCGCAGUGAUCCAAGUCGUUAUGAGACUGUUACCAUCAACAAUAAGCGCAAACGACUCAGUCGGUAGGCGUUUGUUGUUCUUCACCGACCGCUCAAACUUUUGUUUUGAAAAUUUUCGCGUUUGAGGCAUCAGUUUUUAUCUUCUCUCGUUAGUUUUGAUAAAUGUGAGCAAAUAGUUAGGGCAUUAACGAUGGAAUUAUUCACAUCUUUAUGGCUUCCCCAGCUCUUCAUUCACAUUCAUCAAAACAUGACGUACUUGAAUCAAUAUCUAAUGUCAGCGGUGCGGCAUGGUGGGCGCAUGUUGCGUGAAACGCCAAAACGUGUUGUAUCGCCGUAAUCGAGUAACAUCGUGAAAGUGGACGCGGUUUUUAAGUUAAGGGAGCAUUUGGUAUAUGACUAAAUGCAUUUGCUUUCACAGUUAAUGCCUUCGGAAGGCGCUUUUGGCAAAUUCGUAGUUUUUCUCUCGUAUGGUUUUGUAAGAAAAAUCAUGAAAAUACAAAAGAACUGUGUGAUGAAAAAAACUCGCUUUGUUAUGGCUUGAAUUAUUGGCCGAACUUUCUCAAAUGUCGCUCGAAUAUGGUGGGUUGGCUUUCUGUACUUUUUAUUGCUUUUCCUUUGCGACUUCAUAAAAUAUUGAUCUAUGGUUCCUGUUUUCUAACGUUGGUGCAUCAUAUGCUUUCGACUUCAAUUUCCGGUUUCUAACAUCCGGGAAUUUGUUAUUCUGUAACAAAUUCCCGUACUUCCUCGUUCAAUUUCCGCGAUGUUAGACUGGAAUAUUGAUAAGUGUUCUGCUCUUUUACUGAAUAUUUUUGUAUUAUGACGCAGCAAGCAAGGACGUGUGUUCUGGAGUUGGGUUAAACCUCCUCGACGUCUGAUGGAAUUGGGAAUUGCAGGAAAUUUUUUGUAAUACUGAUAAAAUUUUCGAAAGUAUGACGAGCAACUAAAAUUGUUCUCUUCAAAUUAUUUUCACUGGAAUUAAUCAUCCAUCUUGAUGUCUUUGAAGACUAUUUAGCAAUCCAUAAUUGUACCUUUAUGUUCCUUCGAUCCUCUCCUAUCAGAUUGCCGCGGAGGUCUGACCAUUGAACUAAAGUACAUGGAACGCUACCUGUACUAGAAAAAGCUUGAUGAUAAUUUUUUGAAGCCAAAUCUUACACGCGAGAUUACACCCAGACACGCGAGAUUUACACCCAGACACGCGUGUGUAAUUCAGUCAAUUUUCACUCCGCGAGAGAAUCUCGAAACACUAAACACGCGUGUCUGGGUGUAAAUCAUGGUGUAAGAUCUGGCUUCAACUAUUUGCUUCACGUAGCGCUCCAUGUAUUUGAGUUCAGUGGGUCUAACUCGACACAAACGACGUCACUCACUGUAAAAUAGUUUAGUUUAAUUUCCACUAGGUUUGUUUAAGGAAUGUAGUUAUGGGUUUUGUCUAUUGACAGAAAUCUUUUGCGUUUAGCAAAGAUUUCAAGACAUCACCAAAGCAUGGCGGAAGUCUUGGGGUUGUUGUGAGUUAUACGUCAUGUAACAACUGUCAAAGUUGAAAAUAAUGUCGCCAUUUUAAAUGUUUUUAUCUUAUUUCAAAUGAAUGCUAAAAUGAAAUUCUCUACGCAAAUGAAUGACUUUGAUGAUCGUAGUUCUACAAUUUCGUAAUCGUAUCAUUGGCACAUCUGUUUGACAUUGACAUUGUCCUCAACACAGAAUCCUACUUUGGUGAUGUUUUAUAUAAUUUAUUGUAUUCGUAUGUAUUAAGAAACAAUGUAUUUGUCUCUCGUUGCUGUAUACUGUAGAUGUUUAAUGAUUUUACAAAAGCUGGAGGGUUUUGAACGCUAAUUGGGGAUGGUUGUGAUCUUUUGGGAUAAAAUAGAAUCAUGUUGCUUGGUACUUGUUGAUCGUAAAACCGAUCUGAAGGUUUUAUGUUUUCAUUGAAAACAUUCGUCAGAUCGCUCUUACAAACGGCUUGCAAAAGCAACACACGGUUUGUCAGCAUUAUGCUGUUUUUUUAUUUUCCACCCAUUGUCCAAAUAUCGCUUUUUCAUUCGUUGAUUUCGUUUCUAUUCAGCCAAUCGGAGCUCUUCAUUUUUUGCAAUCACACUGUUUGAUUUGACGUUUCUUGACUUGUGUUUCGAAAGGGCUGUUGAUUUACAUAGGUUUGAAAAUGAUUGCAACUGUGAAUGCUGUCUGUUUUGAUAAAUUGGUUGAAAAAUUCACCCUUAAUGUUUUAUGCGAGGUGUUAAACGUAAUUCAUAUAUCCAAUCUAAAGGCGCAUUUCAUGAAAGAAAAUUUCUCGCAAAAAGCUUAAGCUAAGAAAUACAGAUUUCUAAUGUACGUUUUGCCGACUUGUUUCGCUUUGUCACAUUUGCACAUUCUCCAUUCUGUAUUUUUUUGAAAGAAAUUUUCUUUUAUCGAUUUAAGUUUUGAAACACCUAAUGUAAUUGUAAAAUUGAAUAUCUUAUCGUGUACUUGAUUCACCGUUCUUGAAUAUAUUAUUGCCACUGUUGCAAGCGUUUCUUACAAUGUCGUUUUCCUGCAAUGCUAGCUCAGUAAUGUUGAGUUUUUAUUGCCUGAAAAACGUCAAAUUUGCGAAUGUUUAGUGCACUUUCUUGAAUUAAAGCCUCGUUAAAGAGAAUGACGGAUUCCUCCUUCCAGACUAUUCUCCAACGCGAGGUUUUUUCAAGAAGAUAUUUACCUAUCAUAUUAAAUUGGAAUAAAUAGGACGAAGUAGUUUUUAAUAGGUUUGCAAGAGUAUUUAGAAAAAGACUUUGUUCUUUAACCUACGGUAAAAAAAAAACACUAUCCCAAAUACUGCAUGUCUGCGAGUACUUGUAACUCCCGUUUCAUUUCUCCAGCUAAUGAUUAAAAAUAAUUUUUACACAA